AUGGAAGAUAAGGAAGCAGAAAAAGAGAAUAUUAGUAGAGGGAAACAAGAUAUUUUGAAUGAAACAGAUAGUUUUAAUAAGAAUUCCGAAAAAAAAAUCAAAAAUACCGCAGAAAAUGAGCGUAUAGAAGAUAAUGAUCUAUUAGAAAAUGAAGAAAGAAAUACAGAAAUUGCAGAAGAACACAAAUUAAAUGGAAACAGAAUGUUUCGUCAAGCAUUUUUUGAUGCCGCAGUUGCAUCUUAUCAAAAAGCACUAGAUAUAUCAUCACCAAACGCAAAAAGUCAAAGAGCCAUAUACCAUGCAAAUAUAGCAGCUUGUUAUAUCCAAAAAGAAUUGUGGGAUCAAGCAGUAGACGCGUGUACUCAAGCACUGAAAGAAGAUCCUUCCUAUGUUAAGGCAAUGCAUAGAAGAGCACAAGCAAAUGAAAAAAUUGCUACAUGGAGUUCACUUAAUGCAGCAUUACUCGGUAAAAUAUUGCUAUUAGAAUCAGCAUCAAUUAACGAACAAAAAGAUUAUGAAAGCAUAGAAAAAGACCUUCCAGAAACAUCGCCUAUUUUAGAAUCAGUUAAAGAGUCUAUAUCAAGACUCAAACCAAAACUAUCAGAAGCACAAGAAAAAGAAAAAGCACAAAUGCUCAAUCAAUUAAAAACCUUAGGUAAUAGUAUUCUUGGGAAAUUCGGCCUCUCAACGGAUAAUUUCAAAGUCACUAAAGAUCCUCAAACAGGAGGUUAUUCAAUAUCCUUUCAAAAUUAA